AUGUUAUCUAACAAUUAUUCAUCAAUAUUCAAAGAUAUUCGUGAUCGAACUAAUGAUGGGGAACGUAUUAAUAAAUUAGAAAACGGACGUACUUCAUCUCAUGUAGGCAUCAAUGUUCAUCGAACUAAAGACAUUAUGAAACUACGUGAUAAUGAUAUCUCACCUCUUGCUAUUAACGGGCAACCAACAUCGAGACAACGUAGAGCAACUAGUAAUUUAGAUUUACACUUGAUAAAUUCUUCUAAUGAUGUUUCUGCUUACGAUACUUUGCCUGGCUUACAAGCAAAUCAUCAUUCGAGUGACGCUCAGUCAUUAUCACAUAAAAUGCAUAGCUCCAUAUCACUUCGGAGAAAGCCAGAAAAUCGUAGACCUAUGCCUCAAUUAACAGGAUCAGCGAGUGCUGCCUCUUCACGUGCGCGAUCGGCAUCAAGAACCUUGUUGGAUGAACGAGGUAGCACUCGUUUUUAUGAUACAAAAGGUGCUCAUCAUUCUCGAGAUAAUAAUAAUCUUCUUUUUCAUAGCCCUCGAAUUGAAGAUCAAGUAAGUAAAUCAAUCUGA